AUGUUAGAAGCAACGAACUUUGACACUGAUAAGAAUUUAAACUUAUGCAGCCGGUGCAGGCAUUGUGGAGCCCAAGAAGAUGCUAAAGUCCACCACAAAGUAAAAGCUAGUAACGAAACACCUACUAAAAGUGCUUCCACAAGAGUUCAUUCAAAUCCAGAUCUUAAAACUGGUCAUCCAGAGAAAAGGAAAUCUAACAAGACUCUACAAAAUGAGCCAUGUUCCAUUGAAGAGCAGAAGAUCACAUCUGACUCCAAAUCCAAUAAAAGCACCGCCAACCCCCGAAAUCAAAAGAAUGAUGUUCAGGCAAGGAAAGAGCCGUGUGUGAAGUGCGGGAAACUUUUUCUGAAGAGACAAAAGACAAAGAAGCGAAAGCGCCCUCUUGCCGGCAUGGAACCUUUCACAUGCAAAGAGUGCGGCAAAAUCUUCACCCGGCACUUCACUCUCUUGCAGCACCGCCUAAUACACACCGGGGAGCGCCCAUACGCCUGUAAAGUAUGCAGGAAGACCUUCAGGGACAGCAGCUACCUCAUUGUUCACAUGCGGUCCCACACCAAAGAGAAGCCAUACAGCUGCACUCAGUGCGGGAAGUGUUUCUCGCAGAACUCCGCCCUCCAUGUCCACCUCAGGACGCACACUGAUGAGCGACCCUUCCGUUGCCAGGACUGCGGGAAGAACUUCACUGACCGAUCCACCUACCGACACCACCGGAGAAUUCACACCGGCGAGAAGCCUUACGCCUGCUCGUACUGCGGCAAGAAAUUCACCCAGCAGCCGCACAUGAAGAGACACGAAACGAUUCACACGGGAGAGCGACCCUUCGAAUGUGUCCAGUGCGGCAAAAGAUUUAUCGAACGGACAAAGCUGAAGAAACAUCAACGUGUCCAUCAGAAAGAGAACGACUGA